UCCUUGAGGUUAUUUUGGACUCCUUUCUUUCUCCCUUUCAUGUCCUCUUUGACUUAGAAGCAAUUGGUUUUGAGAAACAUCACGGUGAGGGCUUUCUUACCAGUGUUCCUCUGCAUGGAAAUGUGCUGGAAGAUCUUUGGGAAGCCCUUUAGCCCUGUCAAAAGAAGUUUACGGAAGUGGAGCAUAACAGAGGAGGAACAAGCUGAAAAGAAAUAGCAGAAUAUCUUCAAGUCGGUGACUGGUGGGGCAGAAGACACAAAGGACAGCCUUAAGACAUUGUGGAUGGAAGACCUCUGUGGCUUCUAUGUUCGUGGCAGAAUGGCCUAGACCAGUCUGUCGCUCUAUGGUUCCUACCACGGGUGCUCUACAGCAAUGCAGUGGGAUUUCACCACCAGUGCUUGUGGACCAUCCAGAUGGCUGUAAACCUGCAGAGGAGAUAUAGAACGUGGUCUCUCAAACUGGAUUAAAGCAACCUGUUGAUAUUUUUAUUUAUACUUUUUUUUAAAAUUUUUGUAUUUGACUUAAAGUGCCAUGAAAAAAUUUGCAUAUUGCAAGGUGGUCCUUGCCACCUCUUUGGUUUGGGUCCUUCUGGAUAUGUUCCUUUUGCUCUACUUCAGUGAAUGCAACAAAUGUGAUGAGAAAAAAGAACGAGGGCUGCCUGCUGGAGAUGUUCCAGAACCCAUACAAAAACCACAUGAAGGACCUGGAGAGAUGGGGAAGCCUGUGGUCAUUCCAAAAGAUGAGCAAGAAAAAAUGAAAGAAAUGUUUAAAAUAAAUCAAUUUAACUUAAUGGCAAGUGAAAUGAUUGCACUCAACAGAUCUUUACCUGAUGUCCGGUUAGAAGGGUGUAAAACAAAGGUGUAUGCAGACAACCUUCCCACAACAAGUGUUGUCAUUGUUUUUCACAAUGAGGCUUGGAGCACACUUCUACGAACUGUUCAUAGUGUGAUAAACCGGUCACCGCGGCACAUGCUGGAAGAAAUUGUACUCGUCGAUGAUGCCAGCGAAAGAGACUUUUUGAAAAGACCACUGGAGAGUUAUGUGAAAAAAUUAAAAGUUCCUGUUCACGUGAUUCGAAUGGAACAGCGUUCUGGAUUGAUCAGAGCCAGAUUAAAGGGGGCUGCUGCUUCUAAAGGCCAGGUCAUCACCUUCUUAGAUGCUCAUUGUGAAUGUACGGUAGGCUGGCUUGAACCUCUGCUGGCAAGGAUCAAAGCUGACAGGAGAACAGUAGUGUGUCCCAUCAUUGACGUAAUUAGCGAUGACACCUUUGAAUAUAUGGCAGGUUCUGAUAUGACCUAUGGUGGGUUCAACUGGAAGCUGAAUUUUCGUUGGUAUCCGGUUCCUCAGAGAGAGAUGGAUCGACGGAAAGGAGAUCGAACCCUUCCUGUUAGGACACCAACAAUGGCAGGAGGUCUUUUUUCAAUAGACAGAGAUUACUUUCAGGAAAUUGGGACAUAUGAUGCUGGAAUGGAUAUUUGGGGUGGAGAAAACUUAGAAAUUUCUUUCAGGAUUUGGCAGUGUGGUGGCACUUUGGAAAUUGUAACUUGUUCACAUGUUGGGCAUGUAUUCAGAAAAGCAACACCAUACACUUUUCCAGGAGGUACGGGGCAAAUAAUCAACAAAAAUAACAGACGGCUUGCAGAAGUUUGGAUGGAUGAAUUCAAAAACUUUUUUUAUAUCAUUUCCCCAGGAGUUACUAAAGUUGAUUAUGGGGACAUAUCAUCACGACUUGGGCUGAGACGCAAGCUCCAGUGCAAGCCUUUCUCCUGGUACCUCGAGAACGUUUAUCCUGAUUCCCAAAUUCCACGCCAUUACUUUUCUCUGGGGGAGAUAAGAAACGUGGAGACAAACCAAUGUCUGGAUAACAUGGCAAGAAAAGAAAAUGAGAAAGUUGGAAUCUUUAACUGCCAUGGGAUGGGUGGAAAUCAGGUUUUCUCAUAUACUGCCAACAAAGAAAUUCGAACAGAUGAUUUGUGUUUAGAUGUCUCCAAACUUAAUGGCCCAGUAACAAUGCUCAAGUGCCAUCAUCUAAAAGGAAAUCAGCUUUGGGAAUAUGACCCAGUGAAAUUAACCCUGUUGCAUGUGAACAGUAACCAGUGCCUGGACAAAGCCACCGAAGAGGACAGCCAGGUACCCAGCAUCAGAGACUGCAAUGGCAGCCGCUCUCAGCAGUGGCUACUUCGCAAUGUCACCCUUCCAGAAAUAUUCUGAGAGGUUCUGAAGAAAAGAAAGGAUUGACUGGGCUACCUCGGCUAAUAUUUUGGCUACACUGUUAAGUAGCAACAGAAGGAAACUUCUCUGCAGAAUCCACAGUUCAUCAGCUGUUAGAACUCCUGCAGCUUUUCAGUAGCUGUGAACCAGCCUUCCUGUAUAAGGAUGUGAAACUACCACACAUACUAGUGAAACUGCGCCCACUGAUGUUUACAGGAUUGAACGAGUUUCUUCCAGCAAAUAAUUUAGAGAACAUUUGGACAGUGGAAACAUAAUCAAUGAAAUAUUCUUUCUGAAGAGCUGCAUAUCAUUGUAGUUUGCUUGCACAUCAGUAAGCUCUGCUGAAAGUGCUGUUGAGAUGAAGAAAGUUCCAAGACUUUUUUUUUCCUGGUUAGUAGUGGUAACCAGACUACUAAAUAUAGAUCCACAAAUAAACAGCUGGAAAACGGAUUCAAUAACAUGAAAUAAGAAUUAUGUGGUUUAAAAAGAAUAAAGUAAACAGGGUUUAAUGGAAACUAAAUCAGAACUACGAAAAGUACAAUUUGUUAUAGUGAAGUAUCAAAUUUAUAUGUAGAUUUUAUACCUCAGUGGGGGAAAAAUAACCAAGUCAAAACACAAUUGUUUCUCUUUUUCAAUUGUGUGAUAGUCCAUAAAUACUAUUUUUUUUUUCCUGGUGGGUCUAAAAUUAUUUUGGGUGCAAAUAAAAUGAGCGUAAGAAUAAACUUAGCUCUUGAAUGUCAGAUCAACGUUUUUUUUUAUUUUAAUUUCUUGGCUGUUGGAAUUGUAUCUUUUUAUUACUGUCUGAGAACUGGAGGUUAACAUGCUAACUCUUUUUGUCCAGACCUGACAUUUCAGUUUAUACUUGGAUCAGUCAGCUUAUGGACUUUCAUGGCCAAACAAAAGUUUUAAGUACAUUUUGAAAUUCUUAAGUUAACUUGACAGAAUAUGCUUAGCACCCAGAACUCAUACUACUGUACUAUGGUUUUGUUUUCAUAGCAAUAAAUCUUUUGUUCCUCAUUUGAUUUCAGUCAUCAGAAAGCCAGAAGAAAAGAUAGAUGAUUUGGGUAGCAGGAGAUUGGCAAAACUGAAGGUUUUCUGGAAUCCUUUUUCACUCCACAUUCAGAUGUGCUUCAUUGUCAAGUGCAUAUUUAGAUUAGACUCUGAAUUGUAAUGUUGAUCUGCUGCUUUUUUCUAAUAAAACCUAAAGAAAGAUAGCUAAAUUGGCAUGUUUUUUAAAGUUAACAUAGCCAAAAGCAAUAUGACUGUGUCAUUACAUUGGUCUGCAUUUUUUUAAGCUGGAUUGUUUUGUUAAGAAAAAUCUGUGUGGGCUGAUCUUGAAAAUGAGCUACUGAAUGCUCAGAGUAUAUACUGAAUUUUCUUUUGGAAAGAAAAAUGAGAUUUACUUAAUGGAGAGGAUAUUUUUAUGAUAAAUGUCAUUGUUUGGCCAACUGUCCUGUAAAGCAAAUUAAAUCUAGACUCCUGCAAAA